CUGCCUGGCACACAGUAGAUGCUUGUUAAAUAUUUGUGAGGUACGUGGACAGGGGAAUGUGGUAGUGGCAGGGCCACUGCCACUGACAGCUGCUGAAGCUUUUCUCCCAUUCUUCCCCUAGGUGGAUCAUUCAAUGUCAACUGACUCUGAACUCUGAAGUUCAAGCUCUGCCCUCCCCCUUCACACUCCCCACAAGUGGGCGGGACAAUCCUCCCAGAUUUGAGCACUGGUAGACAGGGGUGGUCAGGGACAGGUAGGGCUCCUCAGAGAUCCAGAAGGUGCUGCACCAUGAGUGUCUCUGUGCUGAGCCCCAGCAGACUCCUGGGUGAUGUCUCCAGGAUCCUCCAAUUGGCCUCCCUGCUCAUCCUGCUUCUGCUGCUGAUCAAGGUAGCCCAGUUCUACCUGCACAGGCAGUGGCUGCUCAAAGUCCUCCAGGAGUUCCCAUGCCCUCCCUCCCACUGGCUCUUCGGACACAACCAGGAGUAUUCACAGGACCAGGAGCUACAACGGAUUCGGAAAUGGGUGGAGACAUUCCCAAGUGCCUGUCCUCAUUGGCUAUGGGGAAGCAAAGUUCGUGUGCAGCUCUAUGACCCUGACUAUAUAAAGGUGAUUCUGGGGAGAUCAGACCCGAAAUCUUAUAGUGUUACCAGAUUCCUGCCUCCCUUGAUUGGGUACGGCUUGGUCGUGUUGAAUGGCCAGACAUGGUUCCAGCAUCGACGGAUGCUGACCCCAGCCUUCCACUAUGACAUCCUGAAGCCCUACGUGGAGUUCAUGGCAGACUCUGUGAGAGUGAUGCUGGACAAAUGGGAAGAGCUCAUUGGCCAGGACUCCCCUCUGGAGGUCUUUCAGCAUGUCUCCUUGAUGACCCUGGACACCAUCAUGAAGUGUGCCUUCAGCCACCAGGGCAGCAUUCAGUUGGACAGGGAUUCUCAGUCCUACAUCCAGGCCAUUAUGGACAUGAACAACCUGUUUUUUUCCCGUGUGAGGAAUGCCUUUCACCAGAAUGACACCAUCUACAGCCUGACCACUGCUGGCCGCUGGUCACACCGCGCCUGCCAGCUCGCCCAUCAGCACACAGACCGAGUGAUCCAAGAGAGGAAGGCUCGCCUGCAGGAGCAGGGGGAGCUGGAGAAGGUCGAGAAGAAGAGGCACUUGGAUUUGCUGGAUAUCCUCCUCUUGGCCAAAAUGGAGAAUGGGAACAGCUUGUCAGACAAGGAUCUCCGUGCUGAGGUGAACACGUUCAUGUUCGCGGGCCACGACACCACAGCCAGUGGUAUCUCCUGGAUCCUCUAUGCUCUGGCCACACACCCCAAGCAUCAGCGGAGGUGCCGGGAGGAGAUCCAGGGCCUCUUGGGGGAUGGAGCCUCCAUCACCUGGCACCACCUGGACCAGAUGCCCUAUACCACCAUGUGCAUCAAGGAGGCACUUAGACUCUACCCACCAGUGCCAGGCAUUAGCAGAGACCUCAGCACUCCCAUCACCUUCCCUGAUGGGCGCUCCUUGCCCAAAGGUAUCAGCGUCGUACUUUCCAUUUAUGGCCUUCACCACAAUCCCAAAGUGUGGCCCAACCCAGAGGUAUUUGACCCUUCCCGUUUUACACCGGGUUCUGCUCAACACAGCCAUGCUUUCCUACCCUUCUCAGCAGGAGCAAGGAACUGCAUCGGGAAACAAUUUGCCAUGAACGAGCUGAAGGUGGCCACGGCCCUGACCCUACUCCGCUUUGAGCUGCUGCCUGAUCCCACCAGGAUCCCCAUCCCCACACCACGAAUUGUGUUGAAAUCCAGCAGUGGGAUCCACCUGCAUCUCAAGAGGCUCCCUAAACCCUGUGGAGACAAGGACCAGCUCUGAGAAACUUUACCUGCCAUCCUGUCUCCCUGACCCCUGCUUCUGUCCCCUGCGUGUCUGCCUGUAUCUUGGUCUCUAUCUGUCAACCUGCCAUAAAGUCAGCCUGCCUUCCUCUCUCUCACCUUUCUCCAGGCUCCCUACCUUCUUAUCUACCUGUCUCCUAUCCACCUGCAUCCCUGAAUCUCCGCCCAGCUCCCAAGCUCCUGCCUGCCCUCCAGCCUGUCUGCCCAUACACUUGUCUUCUUCCUCCUGUCUGCUUGUCUGUUCCUAUGUUAGUUUCCUAUUGCUGCUGUAAUAAACUACCACAACCUCAGUGGUUUUCAAUAACAACUUUUUAUUCUCUUAUAGUUCUGGAGAUCAAAGUCAGAAAUGGGUUUCACUGGGUAUAAAACAAGUUCUGAACAGGGCCAAACCCCUCCAGAAGCUCUCAGGGAGAGAGCCCUGCCCCUUUGCCUUCCAGCUCCAGAGCUUUAUUUGUUGCAUUCCUUGGUACUGGCCUCCCCUCUCUCUUGAAAGCCAACAGCAUCUUUAAAUCUCUAUUACUGUCUUCACAUCUCUUUCCCUCUUAUAAAGUUCCUUGUGGUUAUAUCAAACUCAUUCAAAUAAUCCAGGAGAAUAUCACCACCUCAAGAUCCAUCACUUACAUCUUCAAGGUCCAUUUUAACACAUAUGGUCCCAUAAUCAUGGAGCCAUGGAUUAGGAUGUAGACAUCGUGGAGACCCAUGGUUCAGCCUAUCACAGGCCCUACCUGAUUGUCACCACAUCUGUCCAUCUAAAUCUCUCCUGUUUGGUACCUACCUGUGUGAUGUCAUUCAGACAUUCCC